AUGGAAGAGUCCAAUCCUUCUCCUUCUCAGCGUUCGGCUUAUCUGCCGCCGCACGCCAGAUCGCAAGCGUCAGUCAACUGGCGGCAGAAGGAUGACACGCCUCGCGCUGAUCCUCAGACCAGCUUUCGCAACAAUCGUGCCCCUCAGUCUCCAAACGGUACCAAUCCGGCGUCGUCUGGUGCUGGCAGCCAUGAGACUUCCGCCGGCACGAGGCUGUAUAUUGGCAACCUACUCUACACGGCUUCGCGUGAUGAUGUCGAAAAUCUCUUUACUGCCAAUGGCUUCAACAUCACUGGUAUCUCCAUGAGCAUCGACCCUUUCACCGGCCGUAACCCUUCUUACGCCUUUGUCGAUUUCGAGACCGCCGAAGAAGCAUCCAAAGCCAUGGAUACCGUCAACGGCAUGGAGCUGCUGGGCCGUGAGGUAAAAGUCAACCCCGGUGUGCGGAGGCAGCCAGGCCAAGGCGGUGAGCGACGAGUCAAGAAUUUGGCCACCGAGGGAACGCCUCAGCGUGAAUACACUCCUCGCAACGAUGGCUAUUCUCCAAGCUACAACCGUUGGACACGCACCGACGGCGCCACACACUCCGCCAACGCCAACGCGCAAGGCCUACGCCUGUACGUCGGUAAUUUGCCGCGCAUCGAACCGCAGUCAGCUUGCGAAGAAACCAUCCAACAACUGUUCGCCAGUCAAGGCUUCCAGGUCGCUGCUGUUUCCAAGAUCAUCUCUCCCCAUCCUUCCAAGGCUGAAGAGCCUGGCAACCACCACUACUGCUUCGUUGACAUGAACACUCUUGAGGACGUCGAGGGCGCGGUUGAGAGACUGAAUGGUGUCGAGACCGAGUGGGGCUUACUCAGAGUUGGUCGCGCGAAGGACAACAGUGGGCGUAAGUCGGUGCGCGAAGGAUAUGAGCGUCGUGAAGGUGGCUACGAGCGCCGCGAGGGCAGUGGUAGUGAGCGUCGUGGUGAGCGUACCGAAGAGCUCCAGAGAUCAAGCUGGAGAUGA